GAGGCGAAACAUGCUUGGCCAAAGCACUGCAGCGACUCUGCAGCAGCGAUGGAACACGGAAACCUACUGGACCUGGGGGAGGUCUUCUGCCCAGAGCCUGCGGCGAGAGGGGCGGAGCUGAGCAGCCGCAGGUCUGCCAAGAGGGCGGAGAGCAAGUGAGGCGGCUGGGCGUGGGGCGUGGAGCACCGGAGGCUGCAGAGGCCCCGGAGCCCGAGGGCGGGGCUGCGGACAGCGUGGGGCACCGUGGCUCGGCGCGGCCCGGCGCACUGAGCGGGUUGUGCAGCAGGCGAGCGGGUGAGCCAGGCCUAUGGCGGUGACGACGGCCCUGUCGGCUGCGGCGGCGGCGGCGGCCCUAUCCGGCCUGGCGAUGCGGCUGUCGCGUUGGGCGGCGACGCGCGGCUCCUACGGCGCCUUCUGCAAGGGGCUCACGCGCACGCUGCUCACCUUCUUCGACCUGGCCUGGCGGCUGCGGGUGAACUUCCCCUACUUCUACAUGGUGGCCUCGGUGAUGCUCAACGUCCGCCUGCAGGUGCGGAUCGAGUGAGCCACCGCAGGUCACCACCGCGGCGGCCCCUCGGGCGGACAGCGCCAUCCGCGCCGCCCGUGUCACCCGCGCCAGGCGGCCGCAUGCAGGACCGUGGGUGGCCGCGCGGUGCCCCGAGACCGCGGCGGGGGGCGCAGGCGGGACGCCCCGGGCCCCUCCAUUUUAGGCCUCCGCGGAGGGCACAAGGUACCGCAUCCCAUACCGCAAAAAACCUUCCCAGCCCAGUCCUGUUCUGCCUCUGCGUCCAGAGAAUCACCAGAGUCUGGCAAACCUGUUGCCUCCCCUUGGCAGAAAGUGGGGGAACGCGAAAGAGGGGAUGCAGCCGCAGGAUUUACCAGGCCCUGUGCAGGAAGAGCUUCCUGAGGUGCAACCUGAACCCUGAACGGGAGAGGAUUGGGCCAGUGAGCCCCCAGGAAGGUCCAAGAGGAGUAAGGACUCGUCCCUGUGUCUGGUGGUCAGAUAAAAUGGACAGUUCCUUUCUGAGCCUCACCUCGAGUCUGGCCCCUUCUUUGCAUGGGGGCCCACGGGUAGUCUCCGCAGCCUGCUUCUCCCUUCCUCCCUGUCUGCCCAGGCUCCCUGCAGCACCUGCGAUGACCCCGGCCUUGGUCUUCUGGGUGAUGGAUGGCUCGCCCCUUCCCUGAUCAUUUCAAGGUGGACCCCUAAGCAGAGAUGUCUGCCAUUGUUCCUGUAGCAGCCAGGGAGCCGCUGAGUGAAGAGCCUACCCAGGAGAGAGAGGAAGGGCCUUUCUGGCAGAGGCCUAGAGGGGUGGGGUGGCUCAGGUCUUUCAGUCACCAUAGAAAACAUGGCCAUGUACCUUAGGCACUGAUAUCUCCUAGCAACACUGUGAGGGAGAGCAUCCUCCCAACUCCAUGGCACUCAAGCAAGGGCCUGGGAUUUGUCCUUGUUACACACAGAAGAUGGGGGAGCUCAGCCUGCAUUCCCCCACCCCCUGCAGUCUUCUUCCUGACCUGGCAGGACACUGGGGUUGGGAGGGACUGGAGAGUUGCCAGGGCACCUAGGGAGAAAGAGAGACCUUGGGGUAGGAAGCUGGACACCUCUCUUUCCUUGGAGUGGUCUAGAAGACAGGCGGAUAGUUCAGCUCAUGAACAGAUAAGGUUCAAGAACUUCCUGAGAUGUCUCGUCCUCCCCUACCUCUCUGGUGCUUGGUCAAGGGCUCCUGAGCAGUUGUGCGAUAGUGGGCUGCCACACUGGCGCUGUGCUUCGUGGGAGGCUGAGGAGCUGUGGGCUGAGACCCGUGGUGGCCCUGUUUCUCUGUCCCUGGCCUGCAGCCCCAUCCCUGGCAUCACAUGGGGAAGUCUUAUCCAGAUAGGCUGAGGACAGUCUGUCCAGGAGGCCCUGCAUAGAUUAGAGCCUCCAGAUGCCCAAGGAUGGCCCAGGAGAUAGUUCUGCUGCUUAUCCCACACUCCCCCAGCUUCUCUGACACUGGCAUGUCAAGGUCCAUGCGUUGUACUCCCGACACGGAAACCUGCAGCUCCAGGGACAGAGUGGCCCAAUUGCCUGCUUGGAGUCAGGGACCCAAAUGACAGUCCCAGUCUGUCUCGGCUGAAGGCCACAGCUGGAAGGUGGCUGCCACAUGGUCUCUGCUGACUGCCAUAGCCCAGGCCUGAUAGCUGUCUUGCUUCUGCCACGUUGCACUGAGUGGUCUGUGUGUGUAUACACACGUGUGUGAACAUGUUUGUGUUGGGGGGAACACCUGAGGAGGACCGUCACAGGCGUUCUGCCCUCCCUGUAGAAGAAGGGCCUUGACCUACUGGGAGAAAGAGCGUGGAGUCUGAGGCCUGCCCUCGUAGACCUCCGGCUCCAGGAGAGCCCCUCCUUGCUCGUGCCCAGGCAUGGGCUCUGCUGUGAGGUCAGAGGCACUGGCACUGGGCCGCACUCUGGGUCCCCUGGUGUCAGCCAGGAGAUGGGCCUGGAACUAGGACUCAGCUCUGUGUUCCUGGCCCGUUCUGGCCCUGAGUAGUCUGUGAGCUUCUGCUUUCCCCGCCCCCUUGGCUGCUUUUGCUCCCUCAUGGUCCCUGGCUGUGUGACGGGGUCACGAUGCACUUUCUUUACUGGCAGUCUGUAUUGCAGGCAGCGGAGCUUCAAGCAAUUCAGAGGCUUGACCUGGACGCACGUACCUUCCCAUGUGUGAUGAACUCUGCACCGCCAGCGCUGUCUGGUCACAGAUGCAGUUUCUGUGUUGUCACUUGUCUCCCAACGUUAAAAGAAAACCGUUGAGUUCAGUACAGCA